AUGGUCACAAAAUACUUACUAACCGUCCUCGCGCUAGCCGUCGGCACAUCCUUCGCACAAAGAUGUCAGAAUCCACAAGUUGAAGCGGCAUCAUUCACAAGCCUCGACGCUACCGUGGUCACACAAAUAGCUUAUAUUACUGAAUUUACUCUCAAAUGUGAUAACCCGCUCCCUGAAAACUACGCUUUAUACGCUGAAGUCGAGGGUAAAUCUCUGUCUGCGGCGCGCGUCGGAGAAAAUAAAUAUCAGGUAUCCUGGACUGAAGAGCCUUCAAAGGCCCGUUCUGGUGUCCACGAGAUCCACAUCCUCGAUGAGGAAGGCUGGGCAUCUCUCCGCCGCGCUCGUCGCAGUGACCCCGCCGCUAGCGUUGCUCCCCUACUGGCUAUCCAACUACAGCAUCCAGGAAGCUACUCCGGUCCGUGGGUCAACUCCGAGGUCCUUGCUACUCUCCUGUCCAUCGUGAUAGCGUACACCGCACUCAAGAACAAAAGCAUGAUCAUAAUUAUAAAAAUGACCAUUAAACAACGUGAAAAAGCAGAUGGUGACGAUGACCCGGUUGAAUCCAUGCUCAAGAAGUCCGGCUGUCUUGAACUACAUUAUAAAGUUAUGGAAUGCAUAAAUUCUACCAAAGACUGGAGGAAAUGUCAGGAAGAAGUGAACGAGUUCAGGAACUGUGUGAGUAAACAUAAAGAAGAUCAAACGAGACAGCCAUGA